UCUGUUGCGCCGUGGCUGGCCGCUGUCCCUUGUGGAGCAGGUUUGAGCCCCUCUCGGAGGAGAGUCAUGCGGCGAAGGACAGGAGCGGCCACCGCGGGAAGCCACGGCAGGAUCCCCUGAGCUCUGAAACAAAGGAUAACGGCCACCGGAACAACGCGGGGACAAGGAGACGUGAGCCCGGGGGAAUAUCAACCAUGUUGACGCCAUGGAGAUUGUUCCUCUGCCAGAUGGCACUGAACGUAUUCUAUCACAUCGCGAAAGCCAGUUUAUGCCUCGGUGGUCAAGACAUAUUUGCCACGGUCCGAGAGAACAGUCCCACUGGAGAGAUCAUAGCCAACCUCAGUAUCAACGGAGACCCCGGAGCCAAUAGCAUCCGCCUGUGUCUCACAGGAGAAAACGCUGACUGGUUUUACCUCGAAGGCCGAACGAUCCGACUCAACUCGUCGUUUUCAAAGACCUUGGAUCGAGAGGUGCUGGGAUCAGUUCUGAUUGCUGCAUUGACGUGUUAUGAAAAUGAUAUAAUUAGGAGUCGAUAUCGAAUUAUGGUGGAAAUACUGAACGAAAAUGACAAUAUGCCAUACUUCCUUGAAGAUACCAUUCAACCGCGAUAUAUAAGUGAGUUGCUAACUGUAAACUCAAUGGUGUUCACAGUAAAAGCUAGAGACGUCGAUGGAGACACAAUCACUUACAUGACCGACAAAUCCACAGCCGAUGCCAGCUAUUUUAGGAUUGAUCUGCCCAACAGUGGGAUGGUGAUCCUGGAUAAACCGUUAGACUACGAGACUAAAACCCAGCUGCAGGUGGUCAUAUUUGCUGUGGAAACGACCACAAAAGAGAAGUACAGCACGACAGCUACCGUCACCGUGAACGUUCUAGACGGAGAUGACCAGUAUCCUCAGUUUCAGCCAUGCGCCCCUGUUUAUGAAGACGGAGAUCACAAUAUCUGCACCAACCCUGUGUACAGUGUCAACAUCACAGAGACAGAUGAGGAUGCUGUGCUUUAUUUUUCUCCGGGGCCCAUUCAUGCCGAAGACGGAGACAAAGACAUAUUGACUCCUCUAGUCUACAGUAUUCUGUCAGGUGACGACGAUGGCAGAUUUACAAUCGACUCUAAGACCGCAGAGAUCUCUCUCAGGCGACGUGUGGAAAACAGACUCCUCACGCCUUCAUUCAGGCUCCGCAUCAUGGCUUCGCAGGUGAAUGACCUGAAGAAAUAUUCGGUGGCGACCGCACUGGUGCACGUGGUGUCGGAGAACCUGUUUCCCCCGUUCUUCAACAAGACCGUCUACAAAGGGUUCCUCAUCGAGAGCUCCAGCCCUGCCACGCUGGUCACUACCUACGGGAACCAGGUCCUGGUAGUCCAGGCCAUCGACAGGGACUUCAGAGAUGGAAUAAACCCAAAAAUCCAUUACACGAUGCAGCCCUUGACGGGUAGCAAUAAACUGUACCACAUCACCCAGGAUGGCAUCGUGAUUGCGAAGACGGACCGACUCAGAGCGUUCGACCGACACAUCCUGGAGGUGAUUGCAACAGAUGAAGAGUCCGGUGAGACAGCCCAUGCUUCAGUGGAUAUUGAAGUGCUGCAGAGAGGACAACCAGUUCCCAGAAGUCCAUUUGGUGAGGAACGUCUGUUUGGAGAUAUGAACGCAGGGAUGGCCGGCGGCAUCGCUGCCCUCGUUCUGAUAGCGGCCGUGACAGUACUGUUUCUCUUCCUCUGGCUGGCCAAGAGACGGAGAGAGAGACGGGAUCCAGCAGACAGGGGCGCAGUAGCUCUUGGGAAGCACCCAAACGUGGAGGCGUCUUCGCCCGUCUCUCCUCGCCAUGCGUUGUAGAACUGAAGCGGCAGCGUCGCGAUCACAUGCGAGAAAAUUGUCUUUCGAACGCCUCACGGAGUCAGGAUGUCUGUGCAGGGACCGAGAACAUUGUGAGAAACACGUGGAGGUGAACAUGUAGCUUUGUAAACAGCUUUUGCAAACACUUUUUGGCCAUUUCGUGCUAUUCUUGACAUCUUUUGUUUUUAUGUGGAAGGAUACAAGGGAAUAGGGGAAUAGUCCCAUGAUCCCUGGUCGUGGCAGCUUAUAUGUUGAGAUAUGUGUGAAUCUUUUGAACUUUGUCUGCAGCAGUUAAGUUAAAAAAACACGCUCAUUUAAACGUCACUGUACUGUAUAUACCGUUCAAAACUGAGGUUGGUAGGUUUUUUUGUGUUUGUGAAAGACAUGUAUGCUCAACAAGCCUGCGUUUAUUUGGUCAAAACGGUAAAAACAGUAAUGUGCUGUAACUAUUACUAUUACUGUUUUCUAUUUUUCUCAAUUAUGAAUGCAAUGUAUUCCUGGGAUGGACUUUUUUUAGCAGCUAUUCAUCCGGUGGCACAUAAUUCCUUCAGAAAUAAUUAUAAUGUGUUGAUUCGGUGCUCGGGAAAGAUUUCAUAUUGUUAGCAAUUUUGAAAAGCAAAAUGUUUUGUGGAACUUUUUUAAGGAUUUAAUAAAUAUUUUCAGAUGUUGUAAAUAUCCUAACUGUAUUUUUUAACGUUCUUAAUAGUAAAUCUAACCAUAUCAUAAAUCAUAGUUACACUAAUUUGACAGACCGCUUUAGACAUUCUUUGCUAAACAGCAUAUACUGUCUGUGUCAUAAAGAGACUGUGAGUCAACAAAGCAACCAGUGCAUAAAACCUGUAAAUAUUGGUUUCACCAAAAACACCCUUUCGUCGUUCCAAUGUUGCAUGGCUUGCUUUUUUCGUGCAAUGUUCGCGCUGCUCUCUUCCAUACAAUUAAAAAAGUGGGCCACGAGCACUUAAUCUGUAUUCCACUGUCUUCCAAGCCCUCUGAAGCCAUAUUAUGGUUCUCUGUGUUAAACAGAGCUGAGCUAUUUGAUAUUUUAUUGUUGCACACUGAAAUAGGCUGUUUGGUAACAACUCUUGCCUUUAAAAUCUUAAAAACCGAAUCCAUUUUAUAGCUGAGAUUUGUGCUGUGGAUCACAAGAGGGCGCCAUUUUCCUUCUAUUGCUGUAUUUUCCUUCUAUGGUGAAGUAAAAGUUGACUUACUAAACCUGCUUGUGACUGGAAGGGAUACGACUAUUGCCGUAUUUUGUUUUACCAAAAUGUAAUCUACACUCACAAAACCCUGAACCUACCAUUUACAAUAAUCCAAAAACUAAUAAUGGAGGCGAUGUUGAUGUGCGCGUGCCCAAUGGCCUCAGCCGCUAUACUUCAAACUCUCGAAAAGUAAAAAAGCUCUCUCGGUUUAAUAGUUGCUGAAUAUAUAAAUACCAUGCAAAUACAUAAAACGGCAUUUAAAAUUGGUGGCCUUCUAAAAAAGCUAUUUUGUCCGUGUUUAGGACCACACGCAGUAAUAAGAGAAGAUGCUGUUAUUUAUGUAGAGUGUUUGUUCAUCUGCAGUGCGUCUAACAGACGUUAAGAAGAUGUCUUUAAGAUGUUUAUGUUUAAGAUGUUAUUUGGGUUGCCUGUAAAACUGGCAUCUUAUAGGUGUUUACACACAGCCGCUGAUGAAGACCCUCUUUAGAUUCAGUCCAGUUGAGUCCAUGAUUUUGAAAGGUGUUUGAUGUUCUCAGAUGAAUGUGUUGACAUUUAAUAAACACAAAAAGCGAUGCAAAACA